AUGAGGAAUGUUCUAAGGGAACCUGCAUUAAGUGGAAGGAGAGGGGAUGGUGGAGCCGUAGGAUCAAUUGCAGUGGGCAUUGACAGAGACAACGCCAGCAGACAAGCCCUCAAGUGGGUCCUACAGAAUGUCAGCUCCAGAUAUCAGACAGUCAAAUUGGUCCAUGUUCUUCAAAGGUCUGCCCUCUCUCCAUCGCUUUCGCAUUCACCGCGUCAUGCCAUGCCAUACAAUGGAAUAGAAAUAGAAUGGAACGGAGUUCAAUGCGAGGUGGUACUGGUUGAAGAUUUGGAUAUUGCCAAAGGAUUAGUCGAUUUUGUUUCCUACUAUGCAGUCGAGAACUUGUUCCUUGGCGCUGCCACCAAAAGUUUUUCCAGAUUAUUCAAGACUGUGGACACCCCAAGCUCCGUGAUGAAGUCGGCCCCUGACUUUUGCAAUGUAUAUGUGAUUGGGAAAGGAAAGGUUGCGAGCGCACGAACCGCAUCCCGUCCUGCACCCACUGCCAUAGCUGAGGGGGCGAGGCUCGAUGGGUUUGGGCAACCAAGACGUGGAAGUUUGAGCGAGAGACCGUAUGAUGAGAUCCCCACGGUUGAGAGUCUUGAGACCGAUCAGAUCUCAUAUGUGGAUUCUGCAAGGCUAAGCACGGACAGCAACUUCCUCUCUUUCUACGAAACUCUCGGGUCGCCGCUACAAAAUGACUCUCACAUGCGCUUGGACUUCGAGGAAUUUGACUUCGAUCAGGACCUACUUACAGGAUCGAACCAGCAAGUUGAUCUCGACCUAGACAACGAGUUGCCUGCAUUGAUUGCAUACAACAACGAACAGGGGGCACAAGCAUCAAACAUCGGUUCGCCUGAUGAUGAUACGAGAAGGCUAAUGAUGGGGCUCCAACGAACAAUGGAUAUGUAUCAUGCAGCCUGCAAAGAAGCUAUCACAGCCAAACAGAUGGUUCUUGAACUUGGCAAAUGCAAAAUAGAAGCAGAGAGGAAGUUGCAGGAUGCGCACUUGGCAGAGAGAGCUGCUGUGGCGAUGAUGGAGAAGGAGAGGGCAAGAUGCCGGGCAGCGCUCGAGGAGGCAGAGGCCGCUCGGUGGUUAGCAGACCAUGAGCUUCAGAAGAUGCUUAGCGCGGAGACGAGAGCACUCAAAGAGGCAGAGGAGAAGAGGAGGAUAAUGGAUGCCACAGGACUCUCCGAUAUGGUCAUCGAGUAUAGGAGCUUGUUCCACAUGAUCAGAGAUUGUCCAAUCUGGCAUCAUGUCGGUUUCGAGGAUGUGGUUUGUUUCUGCAACACGAAUAACUUGGAGAGGUAA